GGCACCGGCACCCGACGACUACGACGACGACGACUAUUACACUGUACGCGGUACGACAUACACGCGCCGCGAAAUUAAUAAUAAUAAUAAUAAUAAAAAAUAAUAAAAAGGAGGAAAAAAAUUACACCGCAGCAGCACGCACGCGGGAUAAUAUACAUUCGUCGCUCCGCCGCCGCCGCCGCUGCCACCGCCGCCGUCGCAGUCGCAAUCGCCGUCACCGUGGUUGUCCGCUGUCGUCCGUCGUCCGUACAGCACUGCACGCGCGCGCGCCCGGCAAGCACACGCGGUCCGACCGACCCCUCUGCCCACCGCGGGACCGACUACGCAUAUCACGCGGGGGAGAGAAAAUUUUUCAUUAUUUUCUCGCCGGAGCAGAGAGAUUUUCCUCGGAUUUGUUCUGCACGUCGCUCCGCAACGAUUAAUGCGAUUUUUGUUUGUUUGAUUUUUUUUUUUUUUUUGUUUUUUAUCGUGUCAUUUGCUCAAGUAUAAUAUAGCAUAAUAUAGAAUAUAUAUAUAUAUAUAUUACAGUGUUUUUAUCCGCACCGCCGAACACGCGCCCGCGACAUGCCAACACCGCGUAUCGUGAGUGCCGCCGUUCGCCCCUCGUCGACUGUUUCGCGAUUUUUGUGGAUUUUCGCCGAUUCUUAGUUUUGUAUACUUGUAAAAAUUUUUUUUUUCCGUGUUUUCCGAGUGAGUGAGUAAGUGACGCGCUCGUUAAAACACCGAUAUAUACGCACCUGUAUAUAUUAAUUUUGACAUUUACGAACAGUUUUUUUUUUUUUAGUAAUAUUUAUUUGUUGUUAUUUAUUUUAAUUUUUCCGUUGUUUUUUGCGGUAAAACCGUACAAAAAUUUCAUUGUUAAAAUUCUCACUGUUUGUGCAAGUGUCGUGGACGCAGGACGUGUGCGUGAUUGUACAUCACGAUCGGCUGUUACUAUUGAAUGGUGACAAUGGCCGAUACGGGAUUGUUGGCUGCACCGGCGGCGGCAGCAGCCCGGCAUAGCAAAGUGCAAACGCCGCCGCUGGGCGUGUUCUCGUCGGCCGAAGACACGGAUUCGGAAGCGGAAGCCGACCGGACCCGUGACGAGGAAGACGACGACGACGAUCACCAUCAACGCAAACACCAGCACCACCACCACCGUCUCCAACAGCAACAGCAGCAGCAACACCAACGCCGCCGUCAGCGUCAGCUGCAGCAGCACCACGCCCUGCAACAACAGCAGCCGGUUUGCCUGGCGGCCAGAUCCAACGCGUCCGCCAUCAACCACAACAACAACAACAACAACAACAACAUCAACAACAAUCACAGUACGCGGAACAAGCGGAAAAACUUUCAGCCGCGCAACAUCAGCUACACGCAGGACACGGCCGAAGACGGCGGCGACGGCGGUGACGGGGCCGCCGGCGGAGACUCGGCCGCGGCCGGCGGCGACUCGACCGGGGCCGCGGUGCUCGAUCUGAGCGCGUGCACCGGGUCCACCGUGGCCAAGCGGCCGCGCGUCGACGACGGUUCCGCGCCGAUGGACCUCACGUGCGCCGUACCGCAGGCCCGGCCGCGGGCGCGGCGCCGUCGGAAGCGCCAGUCCACCGUCGCCGCGGCAGCGGCCGCCCACGGUGUCCAGCAUCUGCUAGCGGCUGCGGCCGCGGCCGCGGCCCCACACCAACACCACCAGCCGCACGACGCGACCGAUAUAAAGGAGUACGCUCAGAACACGGUCCGCGAGCUGCUGGAAAUCUAUGGGCUCAACACGGACGUGGCCGACGCCAUCACCAACAACGUGCCGAUGGUUAACUUCUCCACCGGUCGUAUAUUGGAAUCGUUGGCUGCCAGAGGCGUGGGUCUGUAUCCAGCCCUGGGUCUGCCACUGCUCGCGGCCCAACACCAAAAACCGACUAGCGUCUCGUCGGCUAGUCCGCGGUCUAGUCCGGCGACUUCAGCUCCAUCUUCGCCAACACAAAAGCACGUCUCACCGUCUGUCAUCGUACCCUUGCCUCCGAUACACAGGGACGCAGCCGGUACCACAGCUGCGAUGACGUCACUAGGCAUUCAGACCCUGUCGCCGCACUCGGCAGUCACCGCUCCGCUCACGGUUCCAACGCCGACCUACGCCAAUGCCCAAGAUAACGGAAUAUCAAAACGAUCUCUGAGUCCGUUGGCACUGACGACUACUAGAACUGAAUCUCAGACGACCGGAGUUUCUUCGAUCGCUUCGGCCCUCAAUAACGUUACCAUGGUAUUGCAAGGGGCAUCGUCCAACGUUGGCGGCAGUGGUGGAGGUAGCGGAUGCUCAACACCGACCAGUGGCGAUUACUCGCGUUACGUGAGGAGGUUUAGUAGCUGUCAAGAAUGUGGAUCAGCCCGAUGCAGAGAUUUGAACUAUAGAGAGCACUUCCAUUGUCUUGACUGCAACUCAAGAGUGUUCGUCAAAAAAGAAGAAAUGAUUAGACACUUCAAAUGGCACAAAAAGAGGGACGAGAGCUUACAACACGGUUUCAUGAGGUACUCGCCAAGUGACGACUGUUCAGAUAGAUAUCAGGGAUGCAGUCACAACCGCAAGCAAACACAUUAUCAUUGCAUUCAAGGUACCUGUGAUAAAGUCUAUAUAAGCACGUCCGACGUGCAGAUGCACGCAAACUAUCACAGAAAAGAUUCAGCCAUAAUACAAGAAGGGUUCCAGAGGCUUAGAGCCACGGAAGAAUGUCGGACACCGUACUGCGCGUUCUACGGUCAGAGGACUACUCAUUUUCACUGCAGGCGUGAUCACUGUCAGUUUACGUUCAAAAACAAAGCUGACAUGGAAAAACACAAGACCUAUCACAUCAAGGACGAACAGUUGGCGAGAGACGGGUUCAAGAAGUUCAUGAAACCGGAUCCGUGUGGUUUUUCCAACUGCCGGUUUUCGCAGGUGUGCAAUCACAUCCACUGCGUGCGGGACGGAUGCAACUACGUCCUGCACUCCAGCGGACAGCUGCUGAGCCACAAGCGGAAGCACGAGCGCAAGGACAGCGAAAUCGCGUACCGAAAGUUCAAACUGGCCCAGCAGGCCGUGUUGAACAUGGCUGGAAGUGGCGGCGGUGGUGUCGUCGGCGGCGUCGUGGUCGGCGGCGGCGGCGGCGUUGGCAUCGGCAACCCGCCGGACCAGGUCAGCGACGACGAAUGGGUCCCGUGGGACGGGAGACGUGUCGCCCACGGUGCGGCGGCCGCGGGGGAUUCGCAAAUGAACGAGUUGUCCAUCUCGCCCAGCAGCUCGCUGCAGUUCCUCCACCAGCAGGCCAACUCGCUGGCCUCGCUGUCCGCGCUCGCCGCGCAGGCCGGCGACACGGCCAGCUACAGCAACAGCUCGAGUGACGGCGGCGGCGGUCCCAUGUCGCCACUGUCGUCCACGCCGCGGGCCCAGUCCAAGAUGAGCGGUGGCCACGGGUUCUUCACGGACAACUCGUCCACCGGCGCCGCGGACGGCGGGUCGCCCGAAGACGUGGAGAUGUGGCCCAGAUACCUGACCCGGUUCAAACCGAACACGUGCACCGGCGGUUCUGGUUGCGCGAUGUCUGACACCGACCAUUUCCACUGCAAAGAACCCAACUGCGAAUCGCCCGUCAAGACUCAAGACGCUGCCGAAACACACGCUCGAAAUCACGACACCCAGGAACGGAUCAACGAGAGUUUUUACCCUGGAGGGCCGGCCUACUGUCAGGACACGUGCACCAAGGAACAACAUUUUCAUUGCGUUUUGGAAGGAUGUUACGAGGCGGUACUGCCGUCCGAGCGCGGCGAACACAUCAAAAGCCACGACUUACCGUACGGUCAAUACAAUUCGUUAGACGCUCUGUUCAGGAGGAAGCGAGGCCGACCGCCGAAGAACCGAGUGAUCGAAGUGUGGAACGACUACGCGAGUGGGUCCACCGGCGAUUCCCCGCAGGCCAUAUUCACCAGUUUCAAAUUGCCCAAGCCCUCGCAGUCGUCGGGACAGUCACAACAGUCGGAAGAUGCGGAAGUACCCACCCAGACCACGCUGGAACAACACUGUUUCGAGGAAUAUCGUUACGGUUGUCCGGACAAUCUCUGUAAGUACACCAGCGAAGGCGUCGCGCUGCAUUACCACUGUCGCCGGCCCCGAUGCUUUUUUGCCACAGACAACGACGAAGAAUUACAAGCCCAUUCCACGCAUUUCCAUGACAACGUCACCAUCAUGGAGGGAUUUUUGUUCUUCGACCGAUCGGUCGACUGCCGCCUAGAGACGUGCGCUAACAAUACGAUCAACAAGCAUUUUCACUGUGUGAGAGCUGGAUGCGGUUACUCGUUCACCAGAUACACUCAGAUGGCUCAACAUUUAUUACAGCAUCAGGCCACCGCUGGUUUGCAGAUUUCCGAGAAAUUAGAAACUCAAAUCAAAGAAGAAAUCUUGUCACCGGCGAGGCCACAAGCUACCCCUUCGCCGUCUGAUUCAGCUACGAGCCAACGAUCGACAACGGUGGUGAAGGCUUCGGGCACUUUCUACCCUAUGAGCGGCCUAUCGAACGCUAAGAGUUCCUCUCCAAAUUUUUCAGACCCUGCAACCCUGACAGAAAAACCGAAAACAGAUUCCAGUUUGAGUAUCGAACCGGUCGUGACUAUUCAGGUUUUGCCAGAGUGGAUGAGUUUAGAACGACAUGAGAAGUACGGACCCGAACAACCCUGUAGUCGUGCCUUCUGCAAGCUCAAACGAAAAGAACAUUACCACUGUAACGCAUGCAAUCAGGCUUUCUCAGAAUUGGACAAACUCAAGCCGCACAUCAUCAAACACACACCGGGCGCCUUACCGACUUUCAUGCAAAAAACAGAGAACAUCAACAAUAACAACAACGACGACACCGAAGAAAUUGCACAGCAUCCACCCGCACUGACGAUGAUGCCGAUUUCGAACGAUAGCAACUCAUCGGCCGCCGGCGGCAUGCCGCACUCGCCGUAUCCACCGGGAUUCGGUGCAGCCAUGGCUGCCGCUAUGGCAAACCAACAGUUUGCAUCUCUGAUGACGUCCCAAGGGUUGCCUUUCAUGCCGCACGCCAUUCAAGCCAUGUACUCGUCGCCGACAAGUCUGAUGUUCGCGCCGCCACCCGGCUUCAACCACCACCAGACCAUGUUGGCGGCGGCCGGUCACAACGGGCUGCUGAACCACCACCGGGGCGGCGAGGCGGCCGGCGGCAGCGACGGGACAGCGGCCGCGGCGCCGCAUCACCACGUCAACCUGCCGGUGUCGCCGUCGCGGGACAUGAGCCCGGAAAUGAGGAAGGCGCGCGUCCAAAAUUCGAUGCGCAUCCUCAAGGACGAACCGGUUCCCGAGGGAUACCUCCGGUUUCGGUUCAACGAGGACUGCCAUUACGCGCAUUGCGGCUACAGGGAGCACCAGACGCACUUCCACUGCAUGCGCCAGGACUGCGGUUACAGUUUCUGCGACAAGACCAGAUUCGUGCAGCACACGGCCAGACACGAGAGACUCGAUACUCUGAUGGGAGGCGACUUCCAGCAGUACAGGGCCAACGUGUCGUGCGGGCGAUCUGAGUGCACUUACAUCUCUGCCAUAAGUUCCGGCCAGAACAAGGCGUCGCACUUCCACUGUCUCAAGUGCGAGUUCGUGUGCACCGACACCAACAAAGUGGUGGCCCACCGUCGCCAGCACCAGAAGCUCGACUCCAUCAUGGCCGCGGGCUUCGAGAAGUUCACCCCGGCGCAGGCGUGCGGCCAGCCCGGCGGUUGCGUGCACUCUGGCAAGCAGACGCACUACCACUGCUUGAGCUGCCAGUACGCCGUGCUCGGCCUUUCCCAGAUGACUGCUCACAAGUAUCGGCACAUGGAGUGAUCCGUCUCCGUCUCCGGCGCCGUCGACUACGCGUAUACCUAUACGCAGAUCUGCACGCCGCGUCUCUCUCUCUCCCUCUCUCUCUCGCCCUCCCGGUCUCUCUCUCUCUCUUUCUGUCUAUAUUAUGUAUAUAUCAGUUCCUAUAUAGACAUACACGCCUAUGAUUUAAACAUUACGAUAUAUAUAUAAUAUAUAUAUAUAUAUUAUUAUUUAUUAUCAUGUACGCUCGUCGAUUUCAAUGUAUUGUAUAGUAUGUUAUAGGUAUGUACGUCAAAAACGCGAUGAUACCAAUUAUAUAAUAAUGAAUUCGUUGUUAAAAAAAAAAUAUAUAUAUAUUGUUACGAUUUAUAUAUAUAUA